AUGACUUCAAAGACUCCUUUGUUAUUGCAAAAAUUAAAUGAAAAACAAAUUCGACGUAAAGUAAUUAUUAUCUUAUCAAGUUUAGUGCUGGUAAAUAUUGGAGUUUGGAUUGCAACAGCAUUUGCAUUCCGAGACUUUCCUUCAUUAUUAGGUACAGCAGCAUUAGCUUAUACUUUAGGGUUGAGACAUGCUGUUGAUGCCGACCAUUUAGCGGCUAUUGACAACGUGACAAGAAAGCUAUUACAAACUGGUAAACAUUCGGUGUCAGUAGGAUUGUUUUUUUCACUAGGACACUCUACAAUUGUCAUGUGUGCCACAAUAGCCAUAGCAAUCACUGCCACAACAAUCAAAGAAAGGUUUGGAGAUUUUGAAACAAUUGGAGGAUUGAUUGGUACGACAGUGUCUGCAACAUUUUUAUUUAUCAUUGGAAUAAUCAAUACAUUUGUGUUGAUAUCCAUAUACAAAUCUUUAAAGAAAUUUAAAGAAUCAGGAGAUUACAAAGAAGAAAAUAUCGAAGAUAUAUUAAAUAAUUCAGGGUGCUUAGGUAGGUUCUUCAAUCCAAUAUUCAAAUUCAUUGACGCCAGUUGGAAAAUGUAUCCUUUAGGAGUAUUGUUUGGAUUUGGAUUUGAUACAUCAACGGAAGUAGGUUUAUUAGCCAUAGCAGCAUUUCAAGCCAAUAAAGGAUUAUCAAUAUGGCUCAUAUUAUUAUUUCCUUUAUUAUUUACAUCUGGUAUGGCAUUAGUUGAUACUUUGGAUGGAAUAUUAAUGUUGGGUACUUACACAUGGGCUUAUAUAAAUCCAAUUAGGAAAUUAUAUUACAAUUUCAUCAUAACAUUAUUAUCAGUUUUGGUUGCAUUUGUUAUUGGGAUAAUUGAAUUAUUCAAUAUAAUUGGUGAUAAGUUGGGAUUUGAGGGUGCAUUUUGGGAUUUCUUUGCAUCACUUGGAAAUCAUUUUGGCACAAUUGGAUUUGUUAUAAUUGUUAAAGGUAAAAAUAAUAUUGAUUGGAACAAUGAAGAGGACGAUGAUGAUAUUAAAGUAGUGGUAAUAGAUAAAAUUUAA